AUGUCUGGAUCGUCUGAACCACCCAAGUACACCAAAACGCCCCUCCACGUCAUUCAAGCACGAAUUGAAAAGCUUAAGAAAAACUCGGAUCUCUUUGACAUCCAAGUUACCACUCCACUUCAAUUUCGUGAGCUUCAAUUAGAUAGUGAAGGGAAUAGAGUAGAGGGAGGAUCAGAAGCUUCUGACACUUCAGUUGUUCCAUCACCUCACCAAACGCCACCUCAAUCACCUCGUGCACUCUUAGUCAUUCAACCACCACCACCACCAAUGGCUCUCACCAUCAGGCAACUCUCUACAUCUGUGAUCCCACCUGGUGGCGUUCCAACUUGUAUAACCUACCCUGCUGCAGCUGAGGGGGGAUCACAUGGACAAGUCAUGGUGUGUGAAGUUUGUUCUAUGCAAGGGCAUGCGUCUAACCAAUGCCCUCAACUCAUGGAGGAAGGAGGACAAGAAGGUGUCAACGCCAUAGGUCAAACUCAUCAUGGGAAUCAAAUCAAUGCUAUAUCUACGGAUGUGAAUGAGAUGAAGAAGCAAAUGAGUCAAGUUGUGGAGUUUAUGGGUAAGUUUCAUGAGCAAGAUCGAUCUAAUGCAUACCCUAAGGGGUUAGUUGAGGAUGUACUUGUGCAGAAAUUCAUGGAAAUAAUGGAGGAGGAUACCAUGGUCUCAACCAUUGCAAGUAGUGUUGGUUUCAUGGAAGAUGGUGCCACCAUACCUAAGGAAGACCUCACGGAUUCUUAUGAAUCCAUCCACCUAGAAAACGUUGCUUCUCUUGAGGCAACGUCCUUUGUAGGUAAGUCAAAUCCUUCUUUUUCACUUCCCAUCUCUACUAAUAAACCUCUACCUUCAGUGAUUCAGGCACCUACCCUAGAACUUAAGCCAUUUCCAGAUCAUUUGAAGUAUGUUUACUUGGGAGAUAAAGAGACGUUACCUGUGAUCAUAUCCUCAUCAUUGACGUCUACUCAAGAGGAUAGACUUGUGGAGAUGCUUAAGAAACACAAGACUGCGAUUGGUUGGACCUUAGCGGAUAUCAGGGGAAUUAGCCCUACUACUUGUGUGCAUCGGAUUUUGCUUGAGGAGGGAGCCAAGCCAACAAGGGAGGCUCAAAGACGUUUGAAUCCACCCAUGAUGGAGGUUGUGAAGAAGGAGGUUAUCAAACUCCUUGAUUGUGGCGUCAUAUACCCUAUCUCGGACUCUAAGUGGGUUUCACCAGUUCAGGUUGUGCCAAAGAAGUCUGGGAUAACUGUUGUGAAGAAUGCAGAGAAUGAGUUAGUGCCUCAGAGAACGGUGACUGGACAUCGAGUUUGCAUAGACUAUAGGAAGCUCAACGCCACUACUAGGAAGGAUCACUUCCCUUUGCCAUUCAUUGAUCAGAUGCUUGAGAGGUUAGCAGGUCACGAGUUCUAUUGCUUCUUGGAUGGAUAUUCUGGUUACAAUCAAAUCGCCAUUGCUCAUGAGGAUCAAGAGAAAACGACCUUCACUUGUCCUUUUGGAACGUUUGCCUACAGAAGAAUGCCAUUCGGACUAUGUAACGCCCCAGGUACGUUUCAAAGGUGCAUGGUAAGUAUCUUCUCUGAUUUUAUUGAGAAAAUUAUUGAAGUUUUUAUGGAUGACUUUUCUGUCUUUGGUAAAGAUUUCGAAAAUUGCUUAAGUAAUUUAGAAUUGAUACUUGAACGUUGUGAAGAAACUAACCUUGUUUUAAAUUGGGAAAAAUGUCACUUUAUGGUUAAACAAGGAAUAGUUUUAGGGCAUAUUAUCUCUAAACGUGGAAUUGAAGUAGACAAAGCUAAAGUAGAUCUAGUUAGAUACUUACCAUACCCCACAAGUGUGAGGGAGGUCCGUUCUUUUCUUGGACAUGCAGGUUUCUACAGGCGCUUUAUCAAGGACUUUUCCAAGAUUUCUAGGCCCCUAUGUCGUCUACUUCAAAAGGAAGUGGCGUUUGAGUUCAAGGAGGAUUGCAAGGAUGCAUUCAAUGCUUUAAAGGAGCUUCUGACGUCUGCUCCUAUCAUGCUUCCUCCAGAUUGGUCUCUUCCCUUUGAGAUCAUGUGUGACGCCUCAGAUUAUGCCAUUGGGGCCGUGCUAGGCCAAAGGAAGGACAAGAAGCCUUAUGCCAUCUACUAUGCGUCAAGAACCCUCAAUGAUGCUCAACUCAAUUAUUCUACAACUGAAAAAGAACUCUUAGCUGUUGUUUUUGCCUUAGAAAAAUUUCGAUCUUAUUUAUUGGGUACUAAAGUUAUUAUUUAUUCUGAUCAUGCAGCUUUAAGGUACCUAAUGUCAAAGAAGGAGGCAAAACCUAGGCUAAUUCGUUGGAUACUCUUGCUUCAAGAGUUUGAUGUUGAGAUCAAGGAUAAGAAGGGCUCUGACAACGUUGUGGCAGACCACUUGAGUAGGCUAGUGAGUGAGGAGGACGCCAUACCCUUAGUGGAGAUGUUUCCGGAUGAACAACUCUUCGGAAUCCAGGUUUGGCAUGCCUAGAGCAAUCAUUAGUGACGGAGGUUCUCACUUUUGCAACAAGACCAUUGAGGCUUUGCUCAGGAAGUACAACGUCACUCAUAAGGUUUCCACGCCUUAUCAUCCUCAAACGAGUGGACAAGCAGAAGUU